AUGGUCAAAGAGACCAAGCUCUACGAUGCGCUGGGCAUCAGCCCCUCCGCAUCACAAGAUGAUAUCCGCAAAGCCUACAGGAAGGGUGCCCUGAAGUGGCACCCCGACAAGAACAAGGACAACCCGCAAGCUGCUGAGAAGUUCAAGGAACUCUCGCAAGCCUACGAAAUCCUGUCCGACCCCGAGAAGCGCAAGAUGUACGACCAGUUCGGCCUCGAAUUCAUACUACGCGGCGGUGCUCCUCCGCCAGACGGUGCCGAAGGCUUCGCGACGGACGGUGGCAACCCCUUCGCAGGAGCCGGCGGCUUCCCCUUCAGCGGCAUGGGAGGCGCAGGCGGCCCGGGAGGCGGCACGAGGACGUUCCACUUUUCGACCGGUGGCGGCGCUGGGGGGCCCGGGGCCUUCAACUUCUCCAACCCCGAAAGCAUAUUCUCCGAGUUCUUCCGCAGCGGCGCCGCUGGCGGCAUGGGUGGUGGUGGUGGCAUGGACGAAGACGACUUCGCGGCAGGAUUCGGCGGCAUGCCCGGAGGCUUCCCCGGUGCCGGGGCGAGGCCCGGCGCGAAGAGGUCGGGCAGCAGCCGCUUCCCGCAGGAGCCGCGCAGGGCGCAGACGCCCGAGGUCACGGUGGUCGAGAAGCCGCUACCCGUGUCGUUGGAGGAGCUGUACAACGGCACGACCAAGAAAAUGAAGAUUAAGCGCAAGACGUACGAUAAGAACACCGGCAAGCAGAGCACCCAAGACAGGAUCCUUGAAGUUCCCAUCAAGAAGGGUCUCAAGGCUGGGUCGAAGAUCAAGUUCUCGGAUGUGGGUGAUCAGGUUGAGGGGGGUACUCAGGACCUGCACUUUAUCGUCCAGGAGAAAGAGCAUCCGCUGUAUAAGCGCGAAGGCGACGACCUGAAGCACAUCGUCGAGAUCGACCUCAAGGAGGCUCUCACCGGCUGGAACAGAACCGUCCAGACCAUCGACGGCAAGAACGUAUCCGUCCGGUCCGGAGGCCCCACAUCACCCGAAUACACCGACCGUUUCCCCGGCCUGGGUAUGCCGAAGAGCAAGAAGCCCAACGAGCGCGGCGACUUCGUCAUCGGCGUCAAGAUCAAGUUCCCGACCAGCCUGACGGCCGAACAAAAGAACAAGUUGAAGGAGAUUUUGUAA